AAUAGCAGGCGACCGCAAUGAACGCUAUCUUUGCGCAUGCUAUUCUAAAACUGCCUCACAUCAUCUCCUGCCUACGAGAGUGAUCACCGACGUCUAUGACAUGUGCGUCGGAAAAAACAAGCGCCCUUUUUCGCUUUGCGUCUCACGCACCGGGGUGUAAAACAAUAAGGAUUGAAGCCGUGGCUGUCGUGCGCAGUGCCAAUGCUACGAAGUUACGGGCACCCGCCGACGUAGCACCGAUGACUUUGCAAAAACAGGUUACGCGUGCUGCGUCAUUGACCAAUGCCAGCUCCUGGAUACCGACAUGGAGCCAGAGAAAAACCAGACUCAUGUUCUCGCGAUGUGGACGGCAACAAAAAACGGAUGCGACAAUACUGCAUUCCAAAUACUCCUGCUUUCGCCACUGCCACGAGCGCAGACAUUUCAAGCAGCACGGGCUGUGUUCAGGACUACGGGACCUCUACUUGAGACUCCACCUCCGGCAAGCCAUGCCUUUUUCCAGCGUUGAGAGGGUUAUCGCAAAAACGAGAAGGGGCUACCUUAUUCACUGGAAAGGUUGUUCCAUGUGGGAGUGUUCGUUUGAACCAAGACGUAACCUAAACAGGGACUGCCUGCGGAGUUUCGAAGAGUCUUGGCCACCUGACAGCAGACGCUUACAGCAUGCAGCUGAUAUACUUUUUUACGAAGUGCAGAAGAAACUUCAACGCAGAAGGCAUUCCAGCGGGGUAGUGGUACUCCCAUUCGAUUUAGACAUAUUUCGUUGGGCCUUCAAUGACUCCGGGACAAAGAUUGAAGGUGGCUGGCUUUUAUGUGAAGAAGAAGACUUCAGCAAGCUUCCUCUUCCUCACGGUUGGCACAUCUCGACAAACAAGCUCGGAGAACACAUCCGCAUUUCGUUUCCAGUGCGGGUGAAAGCGACCUUGCGGAUGAUGAAGACGUCGGGCAAGGAAGGACUGAGUUUUCCUCUUGAGCGGCUGCGAAUUUUUAUGGCGACCGAGGGUGGAGGCACAUCAUAAAAGAACGCGAAUAAAUAUAUUACCUAAAAUGUGUGGUCAGGCAAUAAAAGCAUGAUUGUUUUACG